AUGAAACACUACUCGAGUGGCCCCACGACAGUCAAUGACUACUUUAUGAUGUACCUGGCCAAAUGGAAACGCGCCGCUGUUGUCUUGCUCUUCGUUUGGAUCGUCGUCACCUACCUGGUUAUAUCUCCACUCAGAUGCAAUGGAAACCAAGAUGAGGCAUCAGAAUUCCAAGAGAGGUUAAAAAAGGUGUCGUCACAACUGGAGACGUUGAGGCAACAACAUAGUAAUCUCAUAUCACAAAUAAAGAAGUCCUCUAGCCUCAAUGGUAACCUAAAGGACAUAGACACAGGGUCCCUGUUCCUAGACGGGGUUCAGGGACCCACAGAAGAUUAUGAGAAUCUCAGAAGGAGGAUAUACUCCAAUACUAAGGAGCUAUGGUACUAUGUACACCACGAGCUCACUAAGGUGAUACAAGAAGAUAAUAAAGCUGAGAAGAUACAGACAAUAUUGGACCAAAUUGGUGAAAGGAAAAGGUCGCUGCUCUCGGACCAGCAAUCGUUACCAGAGCUGGACGGGUACAAUGAGUGGAGGCAGGCGGAGGCAGCCAACGUCAGCGACCUGGUGCAAAGGCGGCUCCAUUACCUACAGAACCCGCCUGACUGCAAGGAUGCUAGAAAACUUAUAUGUAACUUGAAUAAGGGUUGCGGCUUCGGUUGCCAGUUACAUCACAUAGUAUACUGCCUCAUUUUCGCGUAUGCAACGGAACGCACCCUCAUACUCAAUUCGAAAGGAUGGAGGUACAACAACAAGGGCUGGGAGUAUGUCUUCAUGCCCAUAUCUGACACCUGCACCAGCGCAUACGAUGACAAAGUUGUUAUGUGGCCAGAAAUGGAUAAAAAAUACUCGGGUGAAGUAACGUAUGAUGCCAAGGUGUUAGCUCUGACGUUUAUAGACUCGAUAUCCCAGAAGCCCAAGUUCUUACCGCUCGCUAUUCCUAAGGAUUUGGCGCAUAGGAUAACGAGAUUUAACGGUGAUCCAUCGUCAUGGUGGAUAGGUCAGAUGCUGAAAUACAUUCUGAAGCCUCGGCAGGCGAUGCAGAAAGCCAUCAAUGACACUAUAGCUAAGAUGAACUUCAAGAAACCUAUCGUUGGAGUCCACAUAAGGAGGACAGACAAGGUGGGCACGGAGGCGGCCUUCCACCACAUCCACGAGUACAUGGUGCAUGUCAAGGACUACUACGACCAGCUCGAGCUCACCCGCCCUGUCGACGUCAGGCGAGUCUACCUGGCUACUGAUGAUGCUAACGUAUUGGAAGAUGCCCGCAGCAAGUACCCGUCGUACGAGUUCCUGGGCGACGCGUCGAUCGCCAAGACGGCGGCGACCCACCGGCGCUACACGCCGCUGUCGCUGACGGGGCUGCUCGUCGACCUGCACCUGCUCGCGCUCUGCGACUACCUCGUCUGCACCUUCAGUAGCCAGGUCGGCAGAGUAGCAUACGAGAUGAUGCAGACGAACCGCGUGGACGCGUCAGACAGCUUCUUCUCCCUCGACGACAUCUACUACUUCGGCGGACAGAACGCACACGAUAGAGUCGCUGUCAUGCCCAAUGAUGGCGCCUAUCAGGAUAUAUCCUUCCAGGUUGGCGAUUUAAUAGGCAUCGCGGGCAACCACUGGAACGGUUACGGUCGAGGCACUAACAAACGAACAAACAUGAACGGACUGAUACCCUGGUACAAGACUGCGGACCAUUUGGUCCUAUACCCAUUCCCGGAGUACAAACAGGUGCCGCUGUACACAGAUACGCGACAGAAAGACUUAUAA